AUGCCCAGCGGCGCUCCCAGGGACCCUCUCAGGGACGGAAGCGCCUCCAUGGGCCCUGCCAGAGACGUUGGCGCCUGCAGGUGCCCUGCCAGGGGCGCUGGCACCACUAAGGGCCCUGCUAGGGACACUGGCGCUCCCAGGGGCUCUCUGAGGGUCAUCGGCACUCACAGGAGCCCUCCCAGAGAGAGCCGUGCUCCCAGGAACCCUGCCAGGGACGGCGGCGCUCCCCGGGGCUCUCCAUGGGACAGCAGCACUCCCAGAGACCCUCUCAGGAGCGGUGGCGUCCACUGGGGCCAUGUCAUGGACAGCGGAGCUCCCAGGGACCCUCCCAGGGGAAGCGCCGACCCCAGGGAUCGUACCAAGGGUCCCCAGGAGCCCUAUGACAAGCUUGUCCAUAGUAGACGGGAGCACUUGCAGGGAUCCUCCCAGGGACGGGAUCUCUCCCAGGCCCGUACCAUGGGCGGUGGCGUCCUCAAGAGCCUUGCCAGAGGCAGUGGCGCCUUUAGGGGCCUUGCCAGUGGUGCUGGCGCCCCCAGGUUCUCUCCGUGGGAGAGUGGCCCUCCAAGGGGUCCUCCCAGAAACGGCAACACUCCCAGGGGCUUUGCCAAGGGCAAUGGCGCGCUCCCAGGGGCUCUCCCAGCAACAGCGGCGCUCUCGUGGGCUCUCCCAAGGACAUCGACGCUCCCAGGGCCUUGCCAGGGACGGUGGCGCACCCAGGGGCCCUCCCUGGGACAGCGACGAACCCAGGGGCCCUCUCUGGGAUGGUAG